AUGGCUCUGCUACGGGGCCGCGCGAACUCCAGCACUGGCGAUACCAACGCGAAAUUAGUUGAUACCCAGAGCACCUCAAAAGAAUCUUCAUGUGAAGGGGCAAACGCCGGACCGAAGGCUGCUUCGGACGAAGCUCAGCCAGUCCGCGCAAGCAGCAAGACGACGCAUCCAAGAUCAUUGCCGGUAACUAGGCACACGCCGCUGACUCACACACGCGUCCAUCUGCUCCAGGAUUUGACGGCAAAUAUUCAUCAACCAGAUGGAAUCUCUUCAGCUUCAGCAGGCAAUCAGCGGCCUCAGGAAUAUCCCAGCGUCCCCGCGAUAACUAGCGGCACCGCCGUCGCGACGCCCGAAGCGGCAUUGCCGCCGCAGCAGCAACCUCACCCCGCGUUAAAUAAUCGGGACAGUCUGCCUCACAGUGAAGAGGCCUCGGAGCGACGCAUUCCGUACCAGCUCUCGUCCUUCUCUAAUUUGCCACAAGCACAUGAAUCUCAGGAACCAUCCGACCAGGGACAAGUCGUGACUGCCCGGCCUGCAUCGGCAGCAUUAAUAACUACAGCUAACUCCAGACUGGAGGUGGCCCCUGUCGUGGCUGCCAAGGCUAUCACCACGCCGGCGCCCGCGGUCGCCUCAGCUCAGCCAGGAGGUGGCGGCGGCGAAGACCAAGGUGAACGCGAACGAAGUGUGGGCUGCAGCGGAGGCCCCGCGGAUAGCGCUUCACUCGACGUCGCACUGGACGCAGCGCCGCUACAGCCGUCACCGCUGCCGCAGAAGCGGCAGCAACGCCUGUCAACCCUGCUGCCCACCAUGUCGAAAAUCACCCGCGGCGCCGUGGGUUUGUUCCACCCCCAGCUCUACCUGAGCGGUGGCAACUGCAUCGAAUGCGGAAACGAGAUGAUGAGCCGCGGAAAGUUCGAGCGGCUGGCCGGCACUGCCACCGCCAAGUGGCACGUCAGCAUCAAGGUGCUCCCCUCGGGCGUCACCCUGGGCAAGUGGCUGCAGCAACACGGACUGCCAAUACUACAGGGUCGUCCACGCAGGCGCAGGGCCGACAGCGUCGAGGGUGACGACGCGGCCGACGGGCCGGAGGACAUCGCGAUGGCCGAGAGCGAGGACGAGGACGGAGGCGAGGACGUGAGCGAUGCGGUCAUGAGGGAGAGCCGAGACAGUGGCGAAGGCCCCGCUGCCCGUGCGCUACUUCCUGCGCCGCCAGGAGAACCUGGAGCGCCUGCAGCCGCUAUCGUUGCUACUGGCCCCCAUGGGCUGCCGCUACAGCGCUACAGCAGCGCUACAGUGCAGUACGGUUUCUCCUCCGUACCGCCGUACAACUGCGCCGGCUCGUCAAUGGGCCCCAGCCCUGCUGCGGCGGGAGGAGCUAUACUCGCGUUUGAUGGUGGUGGUAAUGGUGAUGACGGUGAUGGUGGUGGUGGCGGCGAUGGCCGCGAUUGCAGGUCUUCCAGUGGUGCAGGUGUCGACGGUAUUACCGGCAAUGCCCUCCAAGCGCCCGCGGAAACAUUGGAUGCACCUUCCCCUCCCGCCCCUGUGUGCCGCUCUGUUACCGGAUGUGAGUCCCGCUGUGAUAUCGGCGACCAUGAGCUCGUGCCCGGCGGCACCGUACGAGGCAACGACGAGAUGCGACCGCGCCGCAGCAGCGUACACAGCAACGUCGGCCUUCAGCAACACCAGCUAGAUUCCGAUGCUGACGGAUUUGCUGCAGCCGCAGCCACCAGCCCGCCUGUGCCAUCAUCGAUGCACCCGUCAGCAUCCCUGGCGCUGCGUCCAGCACGUCAGGCGCCAAUGAUGAUGACGAUGAUGAUGCGAAGAGCCACCAACAUCGCGACGCAAUGUGAGAUGGACUCCAUGGCGAGCUACGACCCGUGGCUCAGUGACGAAGGUCGAGCCGUCGCCGGCGGCCGUGGCGGUAGUCUCCGGGAGAACCUGACGGCGGCCGUGUCGUACACUGACCCCUGGGAGCCCACCGCGGCGGCAGCGGAGUCCAGAGCUUCCGUUAGCGGUAUUCCCUUGGGACAGGAGCAGCAGCAGCUGCUGCUGCUGCAGCAACAGCAGGCCCCGCAGGUCCAGCCAGGGCCGCCGGUCCUAUCACAGCAGCAGCAGUCACUGCUGUUGCAGCCUUUUGGGUCGCAAGGACGACCUUACAAUCAUAUGGCGAUGCAAAAGCAACAACAGAGAAUGCCGCCGCUCCAUAUGCGGCAGCAGCAGCAGCAUUCUGGCUACCAGGAUGCUGCUGAUGAGCAGCACCGCCAGGCGCAGCAGUGGCAAGUGCUUCAACAGCCAUCACAGCUGCACCAGCUGCCGCAGCUGGGAGGACAGCAGCAGCAGACAUUACAGCCACAGCUGCAAGCUUUUCCUUGGCAGCACCAGCAGCAACAACGGCCGCCACCUUUACCAUACAUGAGCCCCUCACCGCUCCAUUCUCUACAAGCCCCGCCCCAGCGCCUGCAACCGCAGCAGCUGCAGGAGCAACAUCAUCAGCAGCAACAUCAGGAACAGCAGCAACACCCUUCGUUGCAAUACCGCUCGCAGCAUUACCAGCUACAGCAGCAGCAACGGCUGUCCGCCCGCGUACAUCCCUACUUGCGGCCUGCCGAUUACCGCCACUACCACCACCACUACCACCACCACCACUGCCAGGAGCAGCAGCAGCAGCAGCAGCAGCAACAGCACAAUGUAGGGCAAAUGUUGCACCAAGAAGGACAUAAACCGUGUCCUGAAGCAAUAGACGAAUGGCAUUGGCUGCACCAGCACCAGCACCUGCUGCUGCAGUUGCGGCAACAGCAGCAGAAGCAAGCGGCAGAAGUGAACUGCCAUGUGGCUGAUUUCCCUGAGGAGCGCUGCAGCCGAACAUCGGGAGCAGUAGCCGCGUGUCCUGUAGUAACAAGGCCCGAUUGGGCGCAGCAGUCGAAGGGACCGGGGACUCCGCUGCCACCGCCGCAACAGUGGCAGCAGUAUUAG